GUAUAAAGACAAGCCGUCCCAGCCUUCACCAUGUGACUCUCACUCUCAGCGCCACCAUGCUGGCCUCGGGGAUGCUUCUGGUGGCUUUGCUGUCCUGCCUGACAAUAAUGGUCUUGAUGUCUGUCUGGCGGCAAAGGAAGUUCUGGGGAAAGCUACCUCCUGGUCCCCGAGCGCUGCCCUUCAUCGGGAACUACUUGCAGCUGAACACAGAGCAGAUGUACAACUCCCUCAUGAAGAUCAGCCAGUACUACGGUCCCGUGUUCACCGUCCACCUGGGCACUCGGAGGAUCGUGGUGCUGUGUGGACAUGAGGCUGUAAAGGAGGCUCUGGUGGACCAGGCUGAGGAAUUCAGUGGGCGAGGCCAGCAGGCCACCUUUGACUGGCUCUUCAAAGGCUAUGGGGUGGCAUUCAGCAAUGGGGAGUGCGCCAAGCAACUCAGGCGCUUCUCCAUCAGCACGCUGCGGGACUUCGGCGUGGGCAAGCGUGGCAUCGAGGAGCGCAUCCAGGAGGAGGCGGGCUUCCUGCUUGAGGCCUUUCGGGGCAUGCACGGUGAGCUUGGCACCCCAGAGAAUAGAGGAGGAAAACGCUGUCCUGGCCUGGGAAGGGAACUAGGUUGGGGGAAGGCGUUCCUCGAAUUCUCAGACUGGCAUCCCACUGCCAAGUUGACUCCCCCCCACUGUCUCAGUCCAUCUCCUCUAAAUCCGUGGGCAGGAGCUCUCACGCUGAUCUCGCAUGAAAGCUUAGAUAUCUGUUUCCACCCAGCCCCAUCUAAAAGCCUAAACACCUGGACAGGUGUCUUUACCGGUGCCUCCCUUGCCCCAAGACAGGCCCCACUCCCUUCAGGUGACGUCCACCGACAGCUGUCCUUCCCUUUCCUUCUCCCCCCUCAGCUCUAUGAGAUGUUCUCCUCAGUGAUGAAACACCUGCCGGGGCCACAGCAGCAGGCAUUUAAGGAGCUACAGGGGCUGGAGGACUUUAUAGCCAAGAAGGUGGAGCAGAACCAACGUACACUGGAUCCCAACUCCCCGCGGGACUUUAUUGACUCCUUCCUCAUCCGCAUGCAGGAGGUACAUGCCAGCAGGCAGUGCAAAGAAGACCAAAGCCUAGCAGAGGAAAACCAGGCGGGGGGUGGGGGGCAAGGGACAACAGUGGCUCAUUCAGAUGACCACCCCCAUCAUAACCUUCAGAAUCCCAAUUACAAUUCACUGUUCUCUCAUCUGAGCCUUAACCCAUG